CAGUUUACACUGCCAUCAUUUCCGCUCCCUGGCGCUGAGCUAGCAGGCAGCAGGCCGAUGUCUGCUCGCUCCCGUUUCAUUAUAAAUGGUUUAUUUUCUAACGUUAAAUCUCCGCCGUCGUUGAGCGGGGUGUGUGACGUCAUCCCGGUGGUCUGCCGGUGGAGGCGGAUUCUUCUCCCCGGUGCUCACCGGCUAACGAGCAGCUCCGCACGCGCACAGAUGCCCUCAAAACACAAAGCGGGUUGUAAGAAGCAGAGAGGGGCAGGGGGCGUGGAAGUGGGCGGGGCAGAGGGUGGAGCUUCCUGUCCGGUGUCCCGGGACAAGCGAGGCUCCGUCACCAUCGCGGUGCGCGCCAAGCCCGCCUCCAAGCACAGCGGGGUCACAGACGUCUCGGCGGAGGCGGUUGGCGUCGCCAUCGCGGCGCCUCCAACGGACGGCGAGGCCAACGCCGAGCUGAUCCGCUUCCUGGCCGAGGUCCUCCACCUGAAGAAGAGCCACGUGUCUCUGGACAAGGGCUCCAGGUCCAGAGACAAAGUGAUCCGCCUGGACUCCCCUCUGAGUCCGGAGGAGGUGCUGAAGAAGCUCAGAGAGGCUGCAGGCUGACGAGAGGAGCUUCAUCUCCCAAAUGUUGGAAUGCCUGAACCAUCACCAUGGAAACGCACCGGUCCACCAACCAGGGAGCAGUAAACACGUUAUGAACUCGUUUUUUUCCCUAUGAGCACAAAUAAAAAUAAAUACACUGCAGUGCA